AUGCCUAUGGCGUUCAGGUUCUGGUCGGAGGCUGAGGACCGAGCUUUGAUGUGCGCCUUGUACAAAUGUGGUUAUGGGAAAUGGGAAGAGAUACGAGCACUUUUGCGCUAUUCAGUAGUGCACCAGUUCAACUUCAAUUUGCAGUUGCGGACAUCAGAUCAAAUCAAGAAGCGUUGUGAUCAGCUGAUGUCUAUGAACUUCAAGGAAGAGAAAGCGGCUCUCGAGGAAGCUCUGCGGGCGGCCGCAUCGGCUAAGAAGAAGCGCAAGCACCAUAAGGACAGUGCUCAGAAAA